GCUUUAAUGCGUGAAACUCUACCUGACACUUUAUUUCGCUUAUCAUUUGAUUCCCUCUAACCAUCGCCGUUCAUUUAUUGCACAUUUUUCGUUGUUGUCGCCAUGUCGUUUCUUUCUUUCUCUUGUCUACUUCUAGGAGUCCGAACAGAUAAUCUUCAGUAACAUAGACAGUCUUAAUAACCUCGAAACUAGUGACAAACUAAACCACCUGCUGAAAGACGUAACCAACAGUGCGGCCGCAGUCCAGCGUGCGGCCGCUCCGGUCAAUUCCGACGGCAGCAGUGUUGUUGUGACUACUGCUACUAUUACUACUACUAUUUCUAGUACUACCACUACUGCUGCUGCUACUACUCCUACUACCAUCGCUAAUAGCCACCAUAGUCCUGCCGCUACCAUUUCCGUUCCUAGCAAUAAUAGUACUUCCACCAUCACCACCUCCACCAUCCAGACUCAUCGUCAUUAUCCUCAGCCGAAGGAAACUCAUAGAUUCAUGAAUCAUACUCACACGAACCAUCAUGACCAGAACCAGAACCAGCGAGAGAUCGUCCUUCGAAAUGGUACCAACUCCUAUUCAGCUCAGACAGAUCGUGAUCGAUUACGAAUAGGGGAAGACCUUCCGGUUCAACGACCCCCUAGCGGUCAAUUGGCACUGGACAAACUGCUCGCAUCGUUGGCACUGGAGAAUGAUGUGACCGAGCAACAUCUGGCCAAGAUUGACCAGCAACAACAACAACAGAAUUUGAAUCGAAACGGUGACCUUCACUACACCCAAGCGAUGGAACUGUCCGCCGUGAUUGCCAACCUGACCGAGUAUGAUCUGAGCGAAGCUCAACGACUGAAUCUGUACAACGGUAGCGAACUGAUGUUCCAGGGUAACGGAGAUGCCUUCCGUGUUCAUGCCGAUAUCAACGGGAACGGAUACUUUCCGUCGACGAACGGCGCAACCACGAACGGUCGAAAUGGCCAUCAUCAUAACCAUCAUCAUCAUCAACAGCAUAACGACUCGACAUGUUUACUAAUCAAUAACCAACACGUGCGUCGAAUCGCAUCCGAAAGUGACAGUACCAUUUCGUCCAUUUCGCCGAGCCUGUCCGAGCGAAGUAAUGCCAUCUCGUGGUGCGAUCAGGCCAGAGAAGAGUCCUUUUCCUCGUACCGCUCGGAAACGGAACCGGACCACUCGCCGACCGGUGGAUCACCCCGGCCCGAGACACCCGCCUUCCCGGUGACCCCACGUACGCCGUACGGUCUCAGCAAUGGCACUUCUAGUCCAGCACUUCCACCCAAGAGUCCGACAUCACAACGAAAAUAUAACUCGACUUGGUCACUGCGCAGUCAGCGAUCCACCGUUUCGACGUACGACGUGAGCAAGGACCUCUUCACCGGUAAUCAGCGCUCGCAGGAGCUGAUCAACCAGAACGAAACGGUUUCAUGCUACACAUCACGGCGCAAUUCGAUCACAUCGAACGCGAACAGCGAACCGCAGGAGGUGGCACCGCAGUUCGUCAAGUUUGCCCGCGAUUCGUCCAAGUACUGGUACAAGCCGGCCAUUAGCCGCGAGGAGGCGAUCGCAAUGCUGCGGAACGCUCCGCCCGGAACGUUUGUGGUGCGAGAUUCGACCACUUUCGCAAACGCUUACGGAUUGGUGGUUAAAGUGGCACAUCCUCCGCCGGGUGUUCAGUCGAAGGGACCGAACAGCGAUGAGCUGGUGCGUCACUUCCUGGUGGAACCGACGAUUCGUGGUGUUCGCUUGAAGGGAUGCUCCAAUGAACCGGUUUUCACUUCACUCUCGGCACUGGUCUAUCAGCACUCGAUCACACCGCUCGCAUUGCCCUGUCGAUUGAUCAUACCGGAUGUGGACCUUCAACAGACGGACUUCCAGACACCGGCCCAGCAGCAGAUUCUUACUCAGGGUGCCGCCUGCAAUGUGCUGUACUUGUUCACCUGCGACACAGAAUCGUUAACCGGACCUCAAGCCAUCAGGAAAGCCGUAGGAUUGUUGCUUUCAUUGCGACCACUGCCAAAACCAACGCAAGUGCACUUCAAGGUUUCGAUACAGGGCAUCACGCUUACCGACAACACCCGGCAGCUAUUUUUCCGGCGACAUUAUCCAUCCAAUAACGUUUCGUUCUGUGGUCUGGACCCGGAUGACCACCGGUGGAGUAUCCCAUCGACCACGGGAGACAUCCCAGCAUCCAAACACAUCUUUGCCUUCGUCGCCAAACGGUCGCCCACUUCGGCCGAUAACCAGUGUCACGUGUUCUGCGAACUGGAGGCAACCCAACCGGCCAGGGCCAUCGUGUCGUUUGCGAAUAAAGUAGUCCUCGGAGGCAACAGUGGCCAGCAACAGCAGCAGCAACAUCAAGCGGCCGUCACGAGGGCAAUUUAAGCACGCACACACAGUUAAAACUACUCAAUUAAAAAAAACCAUGCACCCACGGAAAGCGCAGAGAAUCGAGUCAUUGUUUCUAAUAUAUACAUAUAUUUAACCACUCUGCAGUAGGCGAAAAAGAAUCCGAUCCGGAUUUAAAAUUACAUAUUGGUACUACUUAAUCUAAUAAUCCAUACUAAACAUGAGAUGAGCAGCUGUAUGCGAAAAAAAACAUACACAAACAGAGAGAGAUUGGGCACCACGUGUAGCUUCUAGAUUAGCCAUGUUGAUUAAUUCUUUUUUGUUUCCGUUUUGUUUGUUGGGACAGAAACAAACCAACAAAACAGACAAACACGCAAAACUUCACUUAUUAAUUUGAGAGCAAUUGUGUAUUAAUAUUAUUUUAGGGUUUACAGUCGUCUACCAUAACUUUGUUUGUAACAUUACUGUUCACGAAUGUCAGUGUAAUAAUUUAGCAAAGCAAAUCGCAUGUAUAAAUGUACUUCUCAAACGCAAGGAAAUAUUAUUUAACAUUGAAGGAGAAAUAUUUAUAACCAAAAAAAAAAAACAAAACAAAAAACAAUACAUUAGUGCAGCUAACCGAAAAUCCCGAUCUGUAAAAGAAAACCCAUCAUUCUCACAAUUUACUAAUAGACAAACGAGAUAAUUUUAUUCUCUAAUCGUAGAUAGUUCAAUGGUUAUGUAACAUUUUCGCACAUAAGAAAACAGCAGGCACAUACACUCACACAUACAAACAAACAAAUAAAAAACGCGCGCGCAGAUGACUGUAGCUUGUUUAUUUUUACCAAGCAGUUUCGCUUACUUGUUUUAAUUACUUUGAGCCAACCAGCCAGCACCGACACGUGGCACAUAUGGCAUAUGUGACACUUGCAGAAAUAAUCGAAAGGAAAUUAAAAUUCAAUGCCUAACACCCCACAGGCCGUCAUAAUGUUGCUUUAUUAACAUUCAGAAGAUAGCAGCACUUUUCUCAAAAUGCACCUCAUUCGAAAAACGCAACCGCGUGGAUGUCUUUUGAUUUUCUUUUGAGGUUUCCCUGGCUUUUUUCCAGCGCAGAAAAUCGCCAUAAUACGGGAAGCAUAAACUCAUGCCUUUUUGUUUUAUUUUUGCUGUCGGUGUAGCAAGCCAUGAACGGAUAUUUUUUUCGCUUUGUUAACUGUUGUCAAAGAAGAAAUAAGUGUUACGAAAGCUAAUGCUAUCGAAAACGAACGACUACUACUACUAACUGCACGACUGUUACGAGUGAGCGUAACCAACAUAAAACAAACAAAAAACAGCAGAUCAAAAAUUCAAGAUAAAUAACGGUAACAGAAUUAAUAAUGUAAGAAUUGUGUACCGAACAGUAAGCGAAAACACAACACGUACUAACUUCCAAAUGUCGAGUGAAAAUGAAACCAGAGUCAAUAAUGUGCCUAUAUACGAAACAAACAAAAAAAAAAUGCAGAAUAGUUUUUGGAAAUAAAUAGUCAAAUCAGUGGUGUUUUUUCUUCCCCCUCCGUUUACCCACGUUUGACCGCGUACGGCCGAACGCACAUGCAAACCUAGAGUCUCGGAAGCUCUGAUUGUUGCUUCUAAUUUAAUUAGCUACAGUUCGUAACAAUGUUGAAAUAAAAAGCCCCCCCUCCAUUCGAACUAGCUUCAGAUGUUGUGUACAUAAACACUGACUAAACGUUGUACAACCAAUAAUAAUAAUAAUAAUAAUAAAACACGUAGAAAAAUAAACGAUCAUAGCAA